ACGAAGAAGAAGAAGGAGUCUGUGCGCAGUUCUCGAGGAAGCAUCAAGACAGCCCUCGAAGCGCGGUCGCUCUAAACUCGGACUCUGCGGCGAGAAAACAUCAGUCGAGGAAAGGGUUGCUUACCGUCCGGCCUGCCUAUGUUUCAGCAAUGAGACAGUUACUUGUGUCAUAUAUAGCCCUGUGGCUCUUAGCCUAUGCCGGGACAAGUUAUGCCACUUCACGAAGAAGAGUAUCUUCAGCAAGACAUGCCAAGGAGGAUACUGAGAAGUGUGACUUGACCAAGCUGAAUGAGGCCCGUACGGAGUGCGAGAAAGUAUUUGCGGACGUCAUGGCGUCAGCACCUGAAAACAACAGCCUCAAGUGCAGCUAUUUUAAAACGUACCGCCGAUGCGUGCACACUGCCCUGAUGGCGUCGAACUGCGACGCAAUGCAAGAAACCGCCGAUCGUGAGGUUGCCAAAAUUGAACAGCACAGGCUAGCAGCAAAUCUGUCAUGCGAUCGAGAAGACAAGUCCUGUAGGAAGUCGACCUUCGAGCAAGGUAGAAACGAAUGCGAAUUCAUCCUGGAUACAGACUCUAAGCACAUCACUGAAGAAAGCGACAGAGCUUGCCAGCUUCUGAGGUCGUACGUCGAGUGCGUCAAGAAAGUGAUGAAGUUGACCAACUGUCCACAAAAGGAAGCUGCCAGGGAGAAGGAAGAGGCUCGGAUGCGCAAAAAUAUCGACAGAUUCAACGUGUCCUGCAAUGACGUGAAAGACCACAUAUCGGUGUCGCCAGAAAUCUCCAACCAGAUGGAUCAGCGAUGCAGGAAGAACGUGGCCAUGCAGAAGUUCUUCCUCUGCGGUAUCACAUUCCACUACAUGACAGAGAAAAACCGCUCACUCGCUUCUCUUGAGCCACGACUUUUGUGCCAGGCACUGGAGGAGUAUCGAAAGUGCUCGUCUGAUGCCUUGGCGAGCACUCACUGCAAUGAAGAGAAAACGCUCAAGGAACACAUCAGUUACUUCUCUGGAGGUGCUGUUGAAGAGCAUACCAUGACCUGCAAGGGUGAUCGCCUUGUCAUAUCUCGGAAACAGGUGGCAGACAUUGCACAAAACAACACAGGAAAGCAGGUACUGGCAGGGGCGGCGCUACAGCAGUGCGACAAGCGCAAGGCACUUCUAGACUUUUUUGCUUGCGGCUUGGAGUUCAACCGAAGGGUGAGAAGAGGACACAACAGAAUAACCAGAGCAAAGAAAGCGUUCUCCCGGAAGAGAGGAAAGCGGACCGGAAAGAAACGCCAGAAACCUAUCGAGAUGCCAAAGGGUGCUCUGCGGAGGCCGCUGCAACAGCCAAACCCAAGCACGGCAGUGUUAUGCAGCAUCGUACAGACAUUCGAGUCCUGCCUGGCUAAUGUACUAAAUCAGCCACAUUGCCCAGCAGAGCUGAUGAGACAUAUGACGCUAGUCAAGACCACCAUGGUGAAUUCUCUGGCAGUGAAUUGCGCUGUUGUUCCGCCAGGUCCUGCCCCUCCGAUACCCCCCAUACCCCCAAUACCCCCAAUACCUCCUCAACCAUAUCCCACCGUGCCUGGUGGCGGAAUUAUACCAACAGUCUUCACGCUGCCAAUAUUCACCGGCCCCAUGGCGAACUGCAAUUAUAGGGAAAUGGUGCGAAGAUAUUCCUACUGUGCUGUGGCAUUCUAUGCCGAUGUGGAGUCCAGACCACAGAUAGACCAAACUAUGAGAUGCAAUUUGGUCAAGGAAUUUGUCGACUGCGAGGCUAUGGCAGCAUCAGACACGAAGUGCAAUAACCCACCGAAUGCACUCAUGGACCUGAUAUACUUCACAGACGCCUUAAUCUUUCAUUACGGAAAAGGAUGCCCGUACAACAGCAGAUACACGACCCCGGUUCCUACACAAGCACCGAUUCCACCUGUGGGCCCAGUGCCGCCCACACCUUCUAAAUGCUCUAAGGACCUCCUACGACGAUUCUUCGCCUGUGGUAUUGCCUUGCAGGUUACUAUGGAAAGUCAAGAUCCUUGCACGUGCAUAGCACAGUAUAGGGAUUGCUAUAAGAGAGCACAGACUGAGCUGGGUUGCACUGGACCAAAUGAGGUAGUGAUGAUGGCCAACCAGCUGGCCUAUCAAAUGACUCAAUUGUAUCAACCAGGGUGCAAGAAGAAGUACAUGGCCGGGAUGCUGCCCCUACGUUGCGAGGUACCACAAGCGAUGGAACGAUUCUUCCUUUGCGACCUCUCCUACUUCAGAGUGAUUGAAGGCACCCUACGAAAAGAGGGCACACGAACAAAAGAAAUCUGCAAGUAUGUGCCAGAACUGAGUGCGUGUCUUGCAAAAGUUGAGUAUCAGACGGGUUGUGCUCGGUCUCUGUUCCACCAACAUGCUUCCAAUGUAAUCACCAGGGUAACAGCUCCUCUCAGAGCGCGCUGCAGCAAGGAUCAACCACCAAAGUAUCCCUCUGUGAAGGAAGCAGAGACAGCAAUGCAACGGCAACAAACCUGUGACGAAUCCGGUGUGUUGAAGAAAGCCCUCAUCUGCGCCAUCGGCUUCCAAAACUUCAUGGACCAGAAGGUGGCACGAAGACGCCCUAGCAAGGAGGAAGUCUGCCCGUUCAUCAAGGAUUUUGAGAACUGUAUCGAAAACGCAAGUCAUGGCUCAUCUUGUACGUCGGAUAUGUCACUCAAUGCCCAGCUGAUGACCUACAAACGACUUCUGGAGGAGGAGUACGGCGUUGAUUGCCGAAUGCGAGGCCCAGCGCUUGUAAGCCGUCGAUCAGGUGGAAAAAUGCAAGAUACUGGAGAUUACUUCUAUGAUGACUUCCGUAAGCGCGAAGAGGACGGCAACCGUCGCGGAAGUGACGAUUCCUAUGAUUAUGCGGCACCUUCAUAUGGCCAAGAAUCACAAGGACGAAAUGCUAAUCGUGGUGCCGUUCAAAACCCCGGGACCAAUGAAAGGUCAAACGCGAAAAGCAAACGAGAAGAUUAUGAUUAUUACAACGAAGCCGCCAAAGGGUUAGCAACGCAAGCUAUUCCACCUCCCAAAGUUGACUACGAAGAUGAGGAUGCCAAAGAAUAUUACGACUUCAAACCUGAUGCCAAGAGAGGUGGAGGCAACAGAAUACGAAAAGGAAAUGCGAGGGACGAAGAUGAAAAACCAAAGAAACGCCAGUCUGCAGGGGAUUCUGUCAGAGAUAAUAGCUUCAACAAAAAAAGAAAGAACUGGAAUGGUCAAGAGGUACCCCACAAGAAACCAGCACCAUAUCCAAACUUGGAGGAUGGACCAGCUAAGCCCUCGGCACCGUCGUAUGAUUAUGGCUUCGAAGAAGGGUUCAGUAAGGGGCAUCAGAAGGACAAACUCACGAAGCAAAGGGAAGACGAUGAAAACUUUUUCGACGAAGGCUUUGAAGAGGAGGAAGUAGAAACUCCUUCGAAAAGAAGGAUUAUGGAUGCUCCAGAAGUGAAAGGUGAGAAAACUGGUGUCAAAGUGCCAGAGGAUGACGAUGACGGCGAUGUGCAAGAUUCCGGGCAAAGUAAAGAAGAGGACAAUUCUGAAGAAAAGGACGGAGAAAAGAAACGUAUGGUCGCAACUGCAGAUGAAGAUGAUGAAGAGGACGACCCCUUCUUCAAAGGGAAAUUGGCGAGGACUAAACAAAAGAGGAUAUUGGAGCGAAGUCUUUAUAAGCAGCUCGAUGAAGAAGAUCGCUACACUGAAGUGGGCAAAGCUGCCAAGAAACCUAAAGAAAGCGACUGCGAUGUACACCGCUACAAGAUCGACCUUAAGAAGUGUGAUAGAGGAAUCAUGGAUGAGGUAUCUUCCCUUUACAACCUCACUGCAAGGCUUUCGCGAAGUGCCAUGAAAUCUGCCAAGGGCACUGCAUGUUUAGCUAUACAGGAGUUUGAGACAUGCCUCACGAGGGCCCAAGUAAAGCACAGGUGUUUUGUUUUGGACGAGCAGCACAACAUGUCCAUCAUAACUGCACUACUUGCCAGGGCAUUUGAUGUUGACUGCAAAGAUAAAACUCGCAUGAUGAAACAGGCUUUUACAGAGGAACCUCAUACAGGAAACUGCAACUCAACCGUACUUGCUAGAACUUACUCCUACUGCGCUGUGGCAUUCUAUGCGGAUGUCGAAGGGAGAAUGCUGGGUGACAAGGACCCCGCAAUAUGUCCGAUAGCACACGAAUUCCUGAACUGCAGCGAACAGGCAGUGCGAGCCACACAAUGCACUGCGACGGGUUUCAGGACCCCUAUGAACUACUUCACAGGAGUUCUGCUUCAAAAGUACGAUUCGUUGUGUAGACUUCACAUCAUUCCUCCGGGCCCCGUGCCGCCGCCAAUUCCUACGAACCAGCCAGUAUUUCCGACUCAUCCACCUGCACCACAACCUCCACCUCCACCAAAGCCUGCACCUCCAACUUCACCUCCAAGUUCACCGUGCAAAUAUAAUACUCCUCCACCAUAUACUCCUGGUGGUGAAAAUGGCCCUGGCGGGCUCUAUGGUCCUGGCGGUAUACUGGGCCCUGAUGGGCUUUUUGGUCCCAAUGGGCCGCCACCGGGACAACCUUGGGGACUUAACGGCAUGUAUGGUCCCAAUGGCCCUUAUGGACCCGGUGGGCCCUAUGGCCCCGGUGGACCAGGCGGCCCUGGUAGCUCAAAUCCACCGCAACCAGGACAGCCAGGCGGACCUAAUGGACCUGGAGGACCGUACGGGCCAUUUGGCUUUGGUGGCCCGGAGGGUCCAGGUGGACCUUAUGGACCUGGCGGCCCAGAAUGCGACUGUGGACUAAUGCCUACCUACACUUCAACCACGACCACAACUACGCCACCUCCCACACCGACGACAGCGGUUCCGACAACCACGACAACGACUGAGUCCACAACCAGUACGACAACAACAACUACUACUUCAUCGACAACUACGACGACUCCUACUUUCACUACCACCACACCUCCGCCAAUUACCACUCCAACCACAGAAACAACAUCAUGUCUAGUGAUAAACACAUCAUACGAAUAUCCAGGUGGCUGUAACAAGAAAGAACUUUUGCGGCUCUUCUUCACGUGCGGUAUCACAUUUCAAACAAACCUGGAAAUACAGCCCGAUAAGUGCAAGUGCUUCUCUGACUACAAGACAUGCUUCCAAAAUGCUAAAACCGAGACCAACUGCACGAAUAUUGCGGAUUCCAUGGAUCCCCUUACAAUCACCGUCAACAUCCUCUCAGAAUUGAUGGUCACCAUGUACCAGGCCAAAUGUAUUAGUGCAAGUCCAUUAUUAUUGGGACACUGUAACCAAAUGCUUGCUCUUAAGAAGAUAGUCAUGUGCACCGUCACAUAUUUCUCGAUGACAGAUGAGAGGCUGUACUCAACGGGUGGAAAGCAUGAUAUUUGCAGUGCGGCAUACGAAGCACAUAAAUGUGUAGCAGCUGCCGAGCACAAAACUCACUGCACGGACUCUGACCUGUUCAAAUACGGCAAGGAGUUUAUCACGCAAGCGACGCUGGGCGAACAUGGAGCAUGCCCUCUAAAUAUGACGGCUAUCGUUGGCCAGGCCUUGGCACCUCCUAAGACAAAAUGCAGACAGACUACCGUAAUCAAGCGAGCACUCACCUGCGCGCUGCAGUUCCAAAACAUAAUCGAAGCACUACCCAAGGAGGACCGUGGGAAUAUGACUGUUUGCGGUCACGUCUCAAGACUUCACAACUGUCUGGAAGGGUCAAUGGAACACUCCGAAUGUUACGCCGAACCUAACGUACAUCUUCAAUUAAGGAUGUAUAAAACGGUGCUGGAAGACAGCUACAACAUUGAGUGCAAAGUUCCUAUUGACCAUGAUGCCGACUCACCUAUCCCAUCCAAGUCUAGGAAGCUGGGACAUCCCAGCAAGACAAAGCCUAAGAACAAUAAAAAGCUAGAAGAACACUUGCGCAGGAACGCCCUAAACAGGUACUUGGGCCAGCACAGCCAGAUGGGCAGGCAAAUGGGUUCAAUGUAUGACGAAGAUGAAGACUAUGAACUUAUUUCCAAGCGACAACGACCGGACUUUGCAGUCCCUGGGGGACGCCUAGUGGCGGAGCCGGAUCGGUUUCAGGACGACGCUGCGUACGACAUCCUUAGGCCUGAGUACAAGGAUAUGACAAGACGCAACCAGCGAGAGCUGGAGGAUUAUGAAGAAUUCGCCGACCUAGAACCCGACAACCCCACGAGAAAUGCGGACACAGGCGGUGAUAUAAAGCCCAGACACCAUCGUAGACGACACCAUAAGAGGCUUAGGAACAAGGACAUUGGCCACAGGGAGUCGAAACUGCGGAAUGUGGAAGCGAUUGGCGCUGGUGAACGGGACAUGAAGCACGUUAAAAAGGCCAAGCGGCGAAAAAUGGCCUACGACGACGAGUACUUUUUCGACAACGACAUUGAAGAGGAAAACGACAUGCCAGUAUUUGCAGACGACAUGACCAUGUUCCAGAAGAUGAAAAACAGGCCGGAACUCAAUGUAGAACGAUUGCUCGCAGGCAACGUUACAACGGCUGCAAAUGUCACUGAAGCUCCGUGCAGCAUCAGAGACCUUGAGAGCGAAGUGCAGAAAUGUAACGUCACCUUGAUGAAACUCGUGACACUGUGGCCGCCAGAUUUGACCCUGAAGAACGGCUCCGUCGAAACAAGAACGAAGUUCGCAGCGACAUUAUGCAGUGAUCUGCGGAGCUACAACUCGUGUUUAGUAUUUGCCAUGCAAGCAACUGGCUGUCACGACCACCUGCCGACUCUGCAGCGAAUCUUGGAAGAGCAGCGACUGAAGUAUGAGCUCGGCUUCUGCGUCAGCAUCUCGUCUGCAGCCUCACCCGCCUCAUUGAGUCUGAUGCUCGUCAUUGUAGUGCUUACCGUUUUCAAAACUGUCAAGUAAAUAAAGUCGCCGCAUUGUUAGGCAUAUAAAUAAAACUGUGUAGUACCUGCCCAGGCAGCACCCGAA